CAAGAAUCAGGUAUCGACAUACACGACUGCUCUCCGAUCAUGACUCAAUUCCGUCCAUGUAUAGACCUACACGCGGGGAGCGUCAAGCAAAUCGUGGGAGGGACGUUGUCCACAGACAAUACAGGCUUGAAGACCAAUUUCACUUCCGAGCACCCUUCAGCAUACUAUGCCGAACUCUACAAGAAGCACAACCUUCGAGGUGGACAUGUCAUCAUGCUCGGGCCUGGUAAUGACGAAGCAGCGCGCGAAGCCCUCGCUGUCUGGCCCGGCGGACUGCAAAUUGGCGGUGGUAUCAAGGACUCCAACGCGAAGCAAUGGAUAGAUGCAGGCGCAGAAAGGGUCAUCAUCACUUCCUUCUUAUUUCCGUCCGGUUCCUUCGCGCUGGACAGACUUCAAUCGGUGCUUGCAGCGCUAGAUGGCGAUAAAGAAAAGCUUGUCAUUGACCUCAGCUGCCGCCGCGUGGGUCAAGGAUGGAGAGUUGCGAUGGACCGAUGGCAGACCAUUACGGAGUUCGAGAUCAAUCAAGAGAACAUCACAUUGCUGGAACCCUACUGUAGUGAAUUCCUAAUCCAUGCAGCCGAUGCCGAAGGCUUGCAAGCCGGCAUCGAUGAAGGACUGGUCAAGUACCUGGCGGAGAUCUGUACGAUACCAGUCACGUACGCUGGCGGUGGCCGGAGCAUUGCGGAUUUGGAACUCGUCGACCGCCUCAGCAGCGGCAAGGUUGAUCUCACCAUCGGGAGCGCUCUCGACAUCUUUGGCGGCAAGGGGGUGACGUUUGAGGAGUGCUGUCGGUGGAAUCAGCAGGCUAGAAACGCUUGAAGGCGCAUCUCGCCGUACCUCCUAGGGGUAGUUCUAGCUCUACAGGACUACUACUAGACGUGGCGUCCAAAGUACAGUAGUCUCGGGAGCACUGACUUGUUCACUAUAAAACUCAAUCUCUUGUGCUAGAGACGCAAAAAGCUUAAAUGGCAAAUUC